AUGGCGGUAACAUCAGAACAACGCCUGCGGGCGUUGCUGCAGUUGGCGCGUCCCAACUGGCGUUGCAAGGACCUUGUCUACUCACGCAAUCGUCAGUUGCGUCACGGUUGGCGUAAAGGGUUUGAAAGCUAUGCCCCAAUGCAAGUGAAGAUGGCAUGGGUGACCCAGGAAGUUCGAAUGGAUAUCGAGGCAGUCGAAGCGAAGCUGGAGCGCAUUGGCAUAAGAAGCAUUCCGGAGCUGAUGGUGGCCUUGCAGAGCAAAUCGUUGAAUCAGGCGCUGGAAGUCAGCGGCCAAAAGCGAUUCGCGGCCGAAACCCUUGAUGCGCUUUGCGCGGCUGCCGGCGUGGUGCCGAGGUCCGACUGCACGGAUGUGAAAUGCAAGGCCAAUGAGCCUCGCAAGCGGCGCCGGGGCCGCAAAAGUUCAGAACAGGCACUGGCGGGCCCAUUUCCCCACGAACCGCCAGAACAAGGUUGUGACCGACGAUCAAGGUCCGAGGAGUGUGUCGAAGAGGGCCCGAUUGGUCUCCGAGGCAAAGUUCAGCAGAAGAUUGUCGCGGGCUGGCAAGAGCACCUCAAGAUCGCGACAGAGCUCAGCUUGCGAGAGGAGCUAUCUCGUCGUUGCCGCCAGAUGGGCGUGGCACCUCCGCCCGGUGCCACCGGGGCAGAGCUGGCGCUCUUUCUGCAGGCUGUGGUGUCAUGGCACAGCAUGACUCGGUCGGACCUCAUCAAGACUGCUCGUCGUUGUGGUCUCGAGCCGCUCUACAACGACACUGAGGAGACCCUUCUUCAACGCCUCCUCGAGAAGACGUGGGAGGCUUGGCACAUCCCUGUAAAGAGCUUCACCCACCUGGAGGUGGCUUUCGAAGUGCUGGAGUACUUUGAGAAGCUGGAGGAGCUCAGUUGGGAUGAGAUCAGCACCCUCGCCCGGCAGGGCGGCUUGCCAAUCGAGCCAGGCGUGCGGCGGGAGACGCUGCUGCAUCGCUUGAAGCUCUUGGCAGUGUGGGAACAGCUGCCGACCCCUGAGCUGGAGGCAGAGUGUUGGAGGCGGCUGCAGUUCUUCGACUCCUGCUACUCUGACUUUCAUUCAGGACACUCGGGCAUGUUCUCUUUCGUGGACCUCAUGGCAUCGGAUCGCCAGUAUCGGCAGGAGCUACUUGGGCAGCUGGUCAAGGAGAUGCACCACGAAGCUCUCGCUUUGAUGAUCCAGAAGCAGUGCGAGGCCGACGAAAGCGGGGCGGACGACGAGUUCGGUGUCAACGGGCAGGAGCACCCCAAGGGCCAGAAAGGGGAAUAG